GGCUCAUUUGACGCCUAGCCCCGCUGUCAUGAACAACGUGGGAGCAUCUGCUCAUAUAACCGGAUACUAGGCGCCGUGUACCAUGCAAUAAUCGCGCGCAUAUCAAGGUACUUGCUCAGUGACAACUCCGCGUUCGCUACUGGAUUAGUUUGUGCUGCGGAAGGUCCGCUUGUAUACCAAUCACAUGUUUAGAAUUGCCACUGCUGUUUUUUUUUGUCCCCGCACGAUUGACAAUUGGAACUCGGAGCAACCGCUACCAGUGUGACUCGAUUGCGUGAUUAUUUGCUCCUCUGAGGACCCAAGCGGGAGCACACGUGAUUAUACGUGGCUUGCUCUCCACUCACGUUUGUACUAAAAUUCACAUCGGUCAUACGGGGACUUUUAGUGGCGAUAGUAUAGGCAAGCAGUAACCGCGCCGUCUCACAACUAACCUUUUGUGUACGGUUGCAGGCAGAUAAUUUGUCAAUCAUCUCAGCGGAGGCGGAGCGUAGAGCGAGACACGCCCCCCGCUUCGCGCACCGGCAGGCAACGCCGCGACUCUGCACUCAUUACAAGCGGUUGCAGUGAGCGAACGAUAACAUCCAACAUGUGCUCGCUUCGGAAACGUGGAUUACCUUGGAUACAUAUCACUCUGUUAGCCAUCACAUUCACACAAGUAUGCUGCUCCGGCGUCUUCGAACUUCAGUUGAUAUCGUUUCGCAAUCAACUAGGACUGGACAACGAAGGAGAGUGUUGUGGUGUGAGAACAAGUAGCGGCUCAUGUGCCGGGUCGUGUAUGACCUUUUUCAACGUGUGUUUGAGUCACUACGAAAAGAAACUCAGCGCUGAUCCACAGCCAGUGUCGUGUACAUUCGGACAAAGUGAAACAUCAGUGCUUCGACGCAACUCGUUCAAUUUAACCUCCCGGGAUACAUUGGGCAGCAGUUUCGUUAAUCCUAUACGCUUGGAAUUCCCAUACUCGUGGCUGGGUGAUUUUUCGCUGAUCAUAGAGGCCUGGCACCAACAGAGUGCAAAGAAAGACGACCGGCGACUUAUCCUGCGGCUAGCGACGGCGCGCACAGCGCAGGUGGGACAGACGUGGUUCGAAGACAGACACCACAACCGCUACGGCGUCGAGCUUCAGUACGGCUACCGGGUACGAUGCGCCGAGAACUACUACGGCGACGUCUGUCUAAAGACGUGCAACCCUCGCGAUGACCCCUACGGGCACUGGAAAUGCGGUGCCAACGGCGAAAAGGUCUGCUUAGAGGGCUGGUCCGGCCAGUACUGCACUGAAGCCGUCUGCCUGCCGGGCUGUCACGAGAAGCACGGCUACUGCGAAGUACCUGGAGAAUGCAAGUGCUCCUACGGUUACCAGGGCAAGUACUGUGACCAGUGUAUCCGGUACCCUGGAUGUCUGCACGGGACCUGUCACCAGCCGUGGCAGUGUAACUGCGAUGAAGGUUGGGGCGGGCUGUUCUGCAACCAGGACCUCAACUACUGCACCAACCACAAGCCAUGCAAGAAUGGCGCCACCUGCACAAACACCGGCCAGGGCUCGUACACCUGCACGUGCACCCCCGGAUUCACGGGAACCAACUGCGAGGUGGUCGAACAUAAUUGCGCCACGAUGCCUUGCCUAAACGGUGGAACAUGCAAUGACGUCGGUAACGACUACACGUGCAUGUGUUUGCCGGGUUACCAUGGCAGGAGGUGCGAGACAAACGCACAGACAUGCGCAGACAGGCCCUGCCAGCAUGGCUCCACCUGCGUGGACACACAGGAUGGCUACACGUGUCUCUGCCAGCCAGGCUACGACGGCGCCAACUGUGACAUAUUAAAGAACGAAUGCGAGAGCAGCCCGUGUCUCAACGGCGGACAAUGCGUCGACGACUUCAACAGCUUUCGCUGCGUGUGCCCAUCCGGUUACGGCGGCAUCACCUGCGAGGACGACGUUGACGAUUGCACGUACAACCCGUGCCAGAACAACGGCGUCUGCAUCGAUAAGGUCAACUCGUUCGAGUGCCGCUGCAUGGCGGGAUUCGUCGGCUCGCUGUGUCAGACGAACGUCGACGACUGCUUGACGAAGCCGUGCGCGAACGGAGGCAGGUGCAUCGAUCGCACGAACGACUACACGUGCGAGUGUCAGCCAGGCUUCGCCGGCAAGGAUUGCUCGAUCAACAUCAACGAGUGCAUGUCGAACCCGUGCGCGCACGGCGCCUGCGAGGAUCGCGUCAACGACUACAUGUGCCACUGCGACCACGGCUACACCGGCCGCGCGUGUGACGUCGCCACCAGCGUGCGCGUCGGCGAUGGCGACGACGUCCAGCCGACGUGGAACACCGUGAAGACGACGUCGGCCGAGGCGAGCGUGAUGCCCGACAUCGGUUCACUCAGUGGCGACGACCACAGCGCCGAUGACGACGACAGCCUGAGCAGUAUGCAGAUCGCAGUCGUCGCAGCCGUGUCCGCCAUAUUGGUUGUCGUCGCUAUGAUCAUCGCCAUUGCUAUCCUCCUCCUCCGCCGUCGGCGCCGCAGAAACAGCGACGAGGAGGAGGCGAAGCGACAGAACAGACAGAAUCAGCAGAAUAGCAUGAACAAUAGGAGCAAAGACUCCAAUAUUCUCAGCAGUAUUCCUCCCGCGGGGAGCGGUGUGUGUAAAAAACUCACAAACGAAGACAUUGACUCGUUCCGAAAGCCAACGAAUAUCGAGAUAAAUAGUAGUCAUCAGCAGUUCAUUACAGACUCUAGGAUACAUGAGCAGUUGAAAGCGUCGGAGAAGGCUCUCCCGAGUAGGAAGCUAGCGGAGACGGAGGCGUUAUCAACGUUAGCAGUUCAUGCGAUUGAUAUUGGUGAGCGACCCAUGGAUGUGCGAUCCAUGGGACCGAACAGGCAAGUGUCGCAGAGUACGGAGACUCCUGCCAUCUAUGUCAUAGACAACAACAAGCACUACCAGCCUAGCGGUACAGCUGUGAAAGAGGCCAUGCUUGCGACAGAGGUGUAGCAAAGGGAUGCACCGAGUCACACAGUCUUAAUUUAUCUGUAAAUUAUGAAUCGCCAAGAGUCUAAAUUAAGUGCCUUUUUGCUGUUUUUUUGUAAAUUAUUUUAAAAUUAUUGUUGUAGAGAGAUUUUCUACAAUUUGAUAAAGUUUAUCAGAGUAGAAGAUGACACGUUGGGAGAACCCUUGAAAGAUAAAUGAGAUAGUUUUGACCACACCGAUAAUUGUUGCCACUGUCGUAUAUUUGCAUUUAAUCAUGACCGGCCAAGGCCUACAUGCUAUAUGACAGUAUGAUCAAAUGGCAACAUUCAUGAUAACUUCUAAGUCACUUAUAAGGGGGUUCAUCUGCUCCGCAUUUUACGGUAUGAUUAAUGACUAUACUUGCAAUAUUACAAGCAAAAACGAGUGGUAGAAUAACUCCCCGGGUGAUACGAGCUUACAGCUCUCCUCGAGGCUUUAUUCGCAUAACUCCCUUAAAUGUACAGAAAACGGUGAAAUUGAAAUCUGAUUUUUGGCGGUUCAGCAGCAAAGGCCUUAUAUGUAUACUAUACAUAUGUAUCCGUUUAUGUUUAUCGAUUGUGUUCUACUUCGCGCGCAAUUAGUAAUAUAGUAGGCUUCGUUCAGAGGAGUCCUUAAUCAGCCGCGCUGUUAUACACGUUUUUGUACUUUCAAGUAUGCCAAAACGUCUUGUCGUUCAACGUCCACGGGGGUUUUAGCUUUAUGAUAAGAAUCACGAGUUCACAGGUUCAAUGAAAAAUGAUAAUGACGUCGGCGACGAUGAUAAUGAUGAUAGCGUUUUACUGUUAAUAUAUAUUGAAUAGAGUAUAUAGACGCAGAGAGUGCGCGCGUGAUGCCGCCAGCUUAGCUUUGUUUCUACGCGCUCCGUAGUUGUGUCAAGCACAGAGCAUAUGCGUGUAGAUGACCAACUCGAUAUGUAACUAACUAUGAGCAUAGAUCCAAGAUACGGUACGAUACACGCAUUCUGAGUGCCUAUGUACAUUUGCUGAUGGCAAAUUUGUAAAAAUGCGAACUGUAGAAAGGGUAUUGUCAUUAUAAUGAAAAGCUAUAUGAUUGUUACGUCUAGAACACAACUAAAAUUAUGACGCGCGUUUGAUAUAAACAGCCACAGCACGUAAAAAUAUGUUUUUAUAUACAUGUUAUAAAACAAUGUCGUAAAUGAUUGACAAUUUUUCCAUUCGAUAAUUGAUAGCUACUUUGACGAUUGAGAAUAGUUUGAGGGCUCAUUUCGUUUUACACAGUUGCUUGAAAUUGCUAUUAAUAGACCAUGCUUCUUCGCACAACCAAAUUUUCGAUGAUUUUAUAUAUAAAUAUAAUUAUAUAUAUAUUUAUAUAUAUAUAUAUAUACGACAUAUAUAGCUACGAUAACAAUAUCACAAAGAUAAACAUCCUUCUCGGGAGGUCUGGUGAGCUUGUUAUGGACGCAAUGAAAUCGAUUAGAUAACGUCACUUACUUAACUGUCAGAUGGUUUUGAAAGAUUUCCAAUAUAUAUUCAAGCAAACGAUUUGCGCGCGCAUGCAGUUAUGUAAAAGUGUGUACAUAUUGUGUAUAGUAAGAGUACUGUAAAUAACUAUAUUAUUGUCACGAUAUCCAUAUUGAUGUUUACAUUGUCAUUAUUAAUAAUGUAAUAAAAUCACGAUCUGGCUAUUUUUCCAAAUAUAUA